AUUCUUUCUUUUUCUCCUAACUUCCAGAACAAAUGAAAUUAUACGUGGAAGUUGAAGUGAGCAUUGGCGUCGCCAUCGAUUUCGUGCCCACUGAAUAGAGGGAGAGAGAGAGAGAUGGCGGAGCUUACUGUGAUUCUGUACAUGCUUACGAUUUCUCUGUUCACGGCCACCGUCUCCGCCUCCCAGUGUUCAACCAACGGAUUUCCAUUAGUGAGGAACAUCAAUGAGCUACCACAAGAUAACUAUGGAAGACCUGGCUUAUCUCACAUAACUGUUGCAGGUUCCCUCAUGCAUGGGCUGAAAGAGGUUGAGAUAUGGCUUCAGACCUUUGCUCCAGGAGCACGAACACCGAUUCAUAGACAUUCAUGUGAGGAAGUUUUCAUAGUUUUAAAAGGGAGUGGCACUCUUUAUCUUUCCUCAAAUUCUCACUCAAAGUCCCCUGGAAAGCCACAAGAGUUUAAUGUCUUUUCAAAUUCCACAUUUUACAUCCCUGUUAAUGAUGCUCACCAGCUUUGGAACACAAAUGACAAAGAAGAUUUGCAAGUUCUGGUUGUUAUAUCUCGUCCACCAGCUAAAAUAUUCAUGUAUGAUGAUUGGUUGAUGCCACACACUGCUGCAAGACUUAAGUUUCCUUAUUUCUGGGAUGAACAGUGCUACCAGACAAAUUCAAAAGACGAGCUUUGACCUUCAUGGUUGUAAAGUUACACAUUUGGUGAUACUGGUAGUUUGGCGCAUUUUAUAGUCAAAAUAGGCUUAUUUGGGUUUUAUUGAUAAUGGGUCGAAUUUUAAACGAAUUAACCGAAAAGGAAAUGGUUUAAAAGUUGCUUAUCUUCAACAGUGAAGCCAUGUUUGGGGAGUGUUAUUAUAUUGACUUUGUUUUAGUAUUUCAUCAAAAAGUGACCUUAAAGAAGUUCAUUACUUCACAAAAACAGCUUAAGUCAAAUUGUGUUGACUAAUUUGUAAAGUGUAUUCGCACAAUGACUUCUUUAUAUCCUGAUUAUGAAACCCGUUUUACUUGAA